UUGAUUCUCAGUUCAGGAUUGGGUAGGAGCUCUCUUCCGGCCUUGACCCUCUGCCUAUUUAGAGAGGUCAGAGCUAGUUCUUUUCAAUACUUGCGAAUGUGAUGUGGUUAGCUGGCAAUUAUGACCAAGUCAGCCAAGAAGAGAGCGCGCACCGCCGACGAUGAUGUGGUCGACGCCCCCGAUGGCAAGCCGGUCGUCAAGAAGAGCAAGCUCGACAGCACCGGCGAGGCCAAAGUCACCAAGAGGAGCACCAAGGUGAAGGAGCCCAAGAACGAGUCUGUCGCGGCCGGAAAGCCUCCGAAGUCGAAGAAGGAGAAGAAAGACAAGAUGGCGAAGAAGAGCAAGAGCAAGGCCGCCGAGCCUGCCCCGGAGGUCGAGGAGGAGCCUGCACCCGCGCCUUCAGAUUCGCAGCCGGCCAACGGCGAAGCAGCAGCCACGGCCGACGCCAGCAGCGCCGACAAGCAGACCAGCGCGAAGAAGAAGAAGAAGAAGGACAAGAAAAAGAAGCAAGCGCAGACCGUUCCCACCGAAUCCCAGCCCCAGCCCGACGCACCCAUCGAAGAAGAGCCCACCACCACUUCCGUCACCAACGGCGACAGCACGAGCGGGAAACCGGCCCGGUUCAUCGUCUUCGUCGGCAACCUGCCCUUCAGCGCGACGGCGGACGCGGUGCGCGCGCACUUCGCCUCGCUGCACCCGACGUCGGUGCGCCUGCUCACGCAGCGCGACGACCCGACCAAGUCGCGCGGCAUCGCGUUCGUCGAGUUCGGCCGGUACGACCACAUGAAGACGUGCCUGGAGAAGUUCCACCACAGCGAGUUCGACGAUGGCACCGGGGCGCCGCGGCGGCGGAUCAAUGUUGAGUUGACUGCCGGCGGCGGCGGCAAGACGGCCAAGCGGCGGGACAAGAUCAAGCAGAAGAACGCCAAGCUGAACGAGGAGCGGGCGCGGCGGCUGAAGAAGGAGGAGGAGGCCAAGCGGGAGAAGGCGGCCCAGGCGGCCAAGACGCAGGAGCAGCGGGACCGCGACGCGAUCCACCCGAGCCGGCGGGCGCAGGUGCCCUAUGGGCGCCAGCAGCAGUAGUGUCGACCGACUUCGACCGAUUGGCGAAGCCGUGUGCGGGAAGGGGCAAAAGGAGGACUGGCAUUGAAGUUUGGGAGAAGGGCAAAGUUCAUUCCUCAUCAGGUGCCGAGCUUGAUGUUUUGCGCAGAGAUACCCACUUUCUACUUACCAAGUAUUGACUGGAUUCUCCCUGUGUC